GGCGCUCCCGCCGCCCCCGCCGCGCUGCCGGCAGCCCGCGCACACCGUGGGAAGCAGCGCAAGGACUGACGUCCAGAACAUCCUGCCUAUAGGAUCCGAGCCGCCAGCCGAACCCCGCUUUCCCCUCUCACUUUAAAUCCGGCUGGCGAGGGCAGGCACCGAAAGCGGGAGAGAUUGGCGAUGCAGCGUGGCAGCAACUCCCGAAAGUUCUUGUUUCUGUAACUCCCUGCUUUCGGGCUCGGAGCUGCCGGGCAGACCUGAGGCCGGGAGUUUAACAAGCCCCGUUUGUGAAAAUGCCUGCCACUUGCUGGUCUUUGAAUUUGAUAAUUGGCCUUCCAGAGCUGAGGAAUACUUAACAGCAAGACAAGUCAAGGAGGAAAAGGCAAGUUUCACAAUUCAACAACGCAAAAACAUGUUCUCCUUUCACCUUAUGGAAACAGGACUGUGGAGAAAGCUGCAGGUGCUUUUCAAUUUGGUUAUUGACAAGAUGUGUCACAAAGUAAUAUGACUUUUAAACUUUUCUGACUGUUUAAAGCCAGCAAGGAGGCACAAAAUUAAAGCAAGAAAUUAAUUUGAGGACUUUCAAAGAAGAAAGCUGUUUUCUAAGAAGAGCAAAGUAGGACGAUGGCAUCUGGAGAGUGCCUUCUGCUAGACCUAGAAACAGAUAACUUCAUUUUCUACAACAUCUCUGUCAACCAGAGUGCAAACUUCUCCCUCCAUGGGGAAGAUUGGUUUUACCCAGCGUUCCUCUAUGCCAUCCCCACGAUCUACGGGAUCAUCAUUCUGAUAGGUCUUAUCGGCAAUAUCACUUUGAUUAAGAUCUUCUGUACUGUGAAAUCCAUGCGAAAUGUCCCUAAUUUGUUCAUUUCCAGUUUGGCUCUGGGAGACCUGCUGCUUUUAGUGACUUGUGUGCCUGUGGAUGCCAGCAGGUAUCUUGCUGAUGAGUGGCUGUUUGGCAGAACUGGAUGCAAACUUAUCCCCUUCAUACAGCUCACCUCUGUAGGGGUGUCAGUCUUUACUCUCACUGCUCUCUCAGCUGACAGGUAUAAAGCUAUAGUAAGGCCAAUGGAGAUCCAAGCAUCCCAUGCACUGAUGAAGAUUUGUGUGAGAGCUGCUAUAAUCUGGAUUGUAUCCAUGUUGCUUGCCAUCCCUGAAGCAGUGUUUUCAGAUCUGCACCCUUUCCGUGACAAAGGGACUAAUAAAACUUUUAUCAGCUGUGCUCCUUACCCACAUUCAGAUGGGCUGCAUCCCAAAAUUCACUCAAUGGCAUCAUUUCUCAUAUUUUAUAUCAUUCCCCUAUCUGUCAUUUCAGUAUAUUAUUAUUUUAUUGCUAAGAAUUUGAUCCGGAGUGCUUACAACAUCCCCGUGGAAGGAAAUGUGCAUGUGAGGAAACAGAUUGAGUCCCGUAAGCGCCUGGCCAGGACCGUGCUGGUCUUCGUGUGCCUCUUUGCCUUCUGCUGGCUGCCCACUCACAUCAUCUAUUUAUACCGCUCCUACCACUACUCUGAGGUGGACACCUCAGUGCUGCAUUUCAUUGCCAGCAUCUGCGCUCGGAUCCUGGCCUUCACUAACUCUUGUGUCAACCCCUUUGCUCUCUACUUGCUCAGCAAGAGCUUUCGGAAGCAGUUCAACAACCAGCUGCUGUGCUGUAGAGCUCGCCUCCUCAUCCGCUCCCACAGCAUGGCCAGGAGCACGACACGAAUGACCUCCCUCAAGAGCACCAACCACUCCCUGGCCACCUUCAGCCUGAUCAAUGGCAACCACAUCUGCCACGAAGGCUGUGUUUAAAGGGCACAGUCAGGGACAUAAAGUGCUGAGCACAGCUGCCAGGCUUUGCUCCGUGGGGAUGGGGAGCAGCGCACACAUGCAUGCACACACGCAUGCAAGGAGGUGUGGUGUGCUCAGAGAACUCAGAGGAGCUUGAAGCAUCCAGCAUUUCAUCUUGGGAUGAAGUUGAAGCAUCCAGAAUUUCACCCUGGACUGAGGCAUCGCCGGAGCAUCAGAUCAUUGAGCACCAGCCCACGGGAUCUCCCUGGGAACUGCUGCUGUGCUUUCAGUGAGAGCAAAAUGAGCACUUUAAGAUCAAAUCUCUUUUGGCUCUGCAGAAUCACAUCCUGCUCAAUCCCAAAUUUAUGCAGACUUACAGCAGUGAUAAAGACCAUAUGAGGUGCACACAAUUUCUCAGAACAGUUGCAUCCAUCAUUUCAUGGUGUAAUGUAUUUUGACAUAGAAAAAAAUACAUUUAAAUAAGGUAAAUUUACAAAGGAGUUCACCAUAGGUCAUUUACAGACUUUUCAAGUAUUUAUUAAUUUUCUGAGUACAGUAUUAAUUCAUGGUCUGAAAGAUAUCAAGAGUUUACUGGGGCAUGUCAGUGGCUCCAUUUGAAAUGAGCAGUAUCUUGCACCACGUCAAUGUGAAAGCAGUAACGUGAAUAAAUGUGAGUUGGAAUAUGUUUACAGCUUUCAACCUGUGUGAGCUUUUGCCAUGUUGCGGAGGACACAGCAGGGCAAUUUCCAAGCAUUACUGUUUUGUUCUUCCUGUCUUCAAAGGUGUGAGAUAGUGAACGAUCCAUCACCCAAGUGGUACCACAAAAUUUUAGUUGGGUUUGGCUAAGGGCAGGCAAUAGCAGAAACUGAAGUACAGCUAUUUUUCUUGUAGUAGUGCUUUGUAAAACACUUGUUUUUCAGCAAAACCUGUCAACAAUGCAAGGUCUGAUCUCCAACCUACAUUUUUUCCUGCUGUAUUCACAGAAAUCUGUGGAGACAGAGUGCCAAAACUGAUUGGAGAAUCAGGUCUACUGUAAUGUUCACCCCAGAACAAGUCCUGUGCCGGGUAUCAUCUAUUCUGGAAACAAGAGCACAGUGUCCUGCAGAUAACAAACUCCUGAAGCACCUGGGCUAUAAGACACGCAAUGAAGCUGCACACCUGAUAAAUAAAACUGCUGCCAAAUGAGGCCAUAAACCAAUCACUGCAGCAGACUAUUGGGUUUUUAAUGGCCCUUAUCCUCUUUUAUUAAUUUUCUCUUUUUCGUUUCUUUUCUUCUUUGCCUCUGUUUCACGAGUUCUUUUACUCAGAGUUCAGAUUGAAACGCAGGAGAUGCCAGGGGCUUCUUCUUCUAAUUGAUGUUUAUUAUUUCUUAUCUAUAGCACAGCUGCACGGAAUGUGCCUCUAAGUUAACAAGGUGGAAAAUGGCCCUGAAGUUCUAACUUCCAAGGCCAUUUAAAGUCCACACUAUCCAAUUAUGGAAUGCCAACUAAUUUAUUUUUACUUAUAAUCCAAUAACUAAUUAUUCAUGAUCCACACUGCGGGUUUUUUGAACCAAUACCAAACACCUAGAUUUGUGACGAAGAAGGAGGAAAGAAGAACAAACCUAUGCCCCAAAUCCUCCAUCUUGUUACUAGAUCCCAUAAACCUUAUUUUUCUACAUCUCUACAUAUUCCACCCAGUGACAAAACUUUAAUUACACAGCAACAAUCUCAGUGCUAUUACAUAAUCUGGGAAGUUCUUCCCAAGGCCUCAGGUCAAAUGCACUGUGCUUUUGAAGAUCGUUACCUGUCAGCACUGAAAGACUGACAUUCUCUGAACCCAGGAUUCCAACAUCUUCCCCUCCUGUUUGAACCAUGAACACUGCUUUAACUGCUUUCUUAAACCAUUGUCGGAUACACUGAAGUAGACAAGGUACAAGUACCAUGAUGACUAUGACAAUCAAAACAUACAUGCCCAUUCUCAAAAGCUCUCUCCAUAGUGGAGCGAGGCUCAACCAAUCAGACAGAUCAUCCAAACAUGAUCCUCUUUCAGCUUUGAGUUUAGUGAGACCUUCUUCUAAUUGUUGGAUGCUCUUGUGUAUUGAUACAGAAUGGUCAGAAAGGUUCAUGCAACACAUUCCAUCAAAGUUUGCAUCCGUGUCUGUGCACUAACAAAAGGAAAUCUAUUGCUAUUUGCUAAGUUGCAUGUCUUACACUUUGAACAUCUGUUAACAAGUUGCUCAAUGCGAGAGAAAUGGCAUGAGAGUUCUUACUUAGCCAACAGCCUAAUUGAUUCAAUUGUUUCAAGGCUGCUCCUGCAGCAGCAUGAAGUACAAAGAGAGCUGCAGCAAACCUUCUUCCAAAAUUCCAAGCUUUAAAAUUACCAUUACAAUCAGGUGUCUAUUGGUCAACAAAUCUUUUUUCUCUAUGCUUAUGUUCUUUAAUCAUUUUUAUGUUAGGUGUUAGUAAAGUAAGUCUCCCAAUGCUGCAUGGUCCACCUUUGGGGUUUGAUGGAAUGGCAGACCAAACUCUAUUUCCACAAAUGAAAAAGUCUCCUUGUGGUAAUUGUAAAGGAACAUCGUUGGGUGCUGUGUGCAAGACUAAAACUCUCUGAACCCAGGAUUCCAACACUCUUUGAUGAUGAUCCUUUUCAUUACCACACCAAAAGAUAAAUGAAAGCUGGUAAAACUUUGUCCUGGGUUUGCUUUGUGUUUGUAGAAAAAGUCAUGUGUGCAGUGUAAAAGCACUCAGCCCUGCAUCUGCAACUGCUUUGUGAUGCUAGUGGGAGCUGGUGUCUCCAAGGGCUCAAACAGGCUCUGAUGCCAAAGACAGCUCUGAAAACUUCACCUGAUUUUUCCUUUUGUCCUCCAGAUGAGAUUGGACAUGCAGGUACAUGAGCUCCGGAUGUGGCCACACCACUGUGCUGAUGUGCUGCUAAGGGCAACACUGCCCUGUUCCCCCACCAGCCCUGGGCACUGACACCUGUGUCACCCCCUCCUGCAGUCAUAAGUGCCCUCACAUCCUAAUCAGCCUGAAAACUAAUGGGAUAGGGUUAUUUUAUAGAUGAGUCAAUUCCCUUGCUUGGCUGACUGUGUCACUAUGAUGUUAAUUUCAAUUUACUGAGCUAUCUAAGGUCCUCAUUUAUUAAAAUUUUCAGUGCUUUCCCCAGUCUUUACUAUAAAGCCACAUACAGUACCAGACGCUCAGUCUGCAAACAUUUCAGAGAGUUUGGUUUUGAGCUGUUUAUGACAUUUCAAAAUGAGAAAAAUUUAUCUGGCCUAGGUAUUUUUAUAAAAUAUUUUCUUUAACCUUGUAAGAAUUUAAUCAAAGGCAAGCAGGAAUUACAUACUUCAACAGCAACCACACCAGGUGUGCUACAUGAUGUGUCCUCCUGUUCAGUAACAAACAAGAGAUUACUCUUGUUCUACAAGAGACUUCAAAAGUUUCUGAAUUUUUUUUUUCUGAGCGAAGGGGCUAAAAUCAUAAAUCAUGAAUCAUAAAAAUGAGAAAAUCAUAAAUAUGGGGAGAAGAGCAGUGUUAUAACUCCCUUAGGGCUAAGCUGAAUCAAUUACUCUGCCUCUCUGAGAAAGGUGCUGUUUUGAACACAGGAGAGUUAUGAAGAUUUAGCACUGCAGAUUUAAAUAAGUGGUAUUGAUUUUACCCUUUUCUUACAAACAGAGGUAGUGACUCCUCCAAGAACAGGAAAGAUGGUUAUGCCUGUGGUCUGGAAAAUGCUUUCCAGAAAGGCAGCUGCAGGUUGUUCACAUGUGUCACAGCCUCACUCCUACCUAAGUUGCUCAGUAUUAUUUAGUGGUGACCUCACUGCUGGUUGAACUCAAGGACCUUAGAGGUCUUUCCAACCUUAAUGAUUUUGUGAUUCUAUGAUUCCUUUUAACUUGGUUUUUGCAUCUGAUAGGCAUAAAUUUAGGGGGAGCUCCAUGUAAAAUGCAAUCCUUUCAUCAGAAUCUAAGAUAAAUACAAGUUAUUUUAAUAUUUAGAAAAUUAGAUCUAGUCUUUUCAAAUGAGAUGUCAAUUUGCAUUAACAUUCUUCAUUUUAUUCAGAUCCUGGCUCGCUGUUCAAUAUCUUUAAGACAAUUCAGUGGGUCUGUGGGAAAAAAAAAUGCAUUGAAAAAAGUUCCUU